AUGGCUGCAGCGACCUCCUCCCUCGGCGCCACUUUCGCCGUGUCAUCCCUCUCAGCGUCCUCCUCGCUCGCAUCCGCCGCACCCCUCUCACAAUCUACGGCAACAGUAUCCGUCGCCGCGCCUAGAUGCGCAUCCCUCGCAGUGCACUGCGAGCAGCGCACGCCGGAGACGGCUGACGUGUCUCGGCGCGGGUUCUCGAUGGCGGCUGUGGCGCUGCUGAUUGCACCGGCCAUGGCGGCGUCGCCGGCGCAUGCGUUGCUAGAGGCGGACGACGACACGGACCUUCUGGAGCGGAUGAAGCGCGAGCGGAAAGAGAAGAUCGAGUUGCGCGAGAGCCGCGGCACGUAUAAGGCCGAGGAAGCCGACAUUCAGGCGGCGGUGUACGGGCUAAGCAAGGUGGGCGCGGCGCUGGAGGCGGGCAACAGCAGCGCGGCGGCAGCGGAGCUGUCAGCGGGAUGGGUGGCCAAGGCGGACGCCGCCAUCUCUAAGAUCAGCCGCUCUGACGCCGAGAAGUCCUUAGCGGCGGACUUCCAAUCCGCCAUCGCCGCCCUGCAGUCCGCUGCUGGAGCGUCGGACGUGAAGGGUGCCAAGAAGGCGUUCCUUGCGGCAGCAUCCGCUCUUGAGUCAUGGGCUAAGACAGCCGCACUGGACGGGGAGCUGCUGGGGCUGUGA